UCAUGGCUUGCAUCAGAAGUGGCUGUUUCAGAGGAGCUGGCGUGUUCGUGUGUCUUCUUGUUAAAUGGCAAGAAAAGACUUAUCAGAAUCCGUUAUUCUUCACAGAUUGCUCAACAUCGUGCCCUUCGGAGGCAAGAAUCGGAGGCCGCCUCUCGUAAAGCGAACGAGCAGUUUGCCGACAUGGAGCAGCAGAAAGUGGCCAGAGCUCGUGAGAGUACCCGACGGAUCAGAGAAGCGGGAAAGCUUCACUUGCAACGAAUGCGGACAGAUCGCGCCCGGCUCGAGGCAAAUCGACUGCACAGCCUUCAUGAGAAAGAAGCACGUCUGGAGGCACUAAGAGACACGGUAUGCUUUCUUUUAUAA